CAAAAUGUCUACGCCUAGCAAUAAAACGUGGCUUGUACAUCACGUCCUCACAAAGUCCCACCCCAGAAGGCUAGCUCUGUCGCCUGACUCGCCUCAACUCAAAGUCUCAAACUACUGCUCGCUAAUCGACACACGGAGUACUAAUUUAGGAAGUUGCCAAUUAGGGUUUUAUCGACCCCACAAUCUCAACGGUAUUCGGAGCCCCGACACUGGUUAUCAACCACAAAUGGCGGAAUUAAUAUGCAGAAGCCUUAGAGAUGGAGCAUUAGAGGGGGAGCACGCCCCUGCUCUCAAUCUGAACGACUCCAUUGAAUCACCUCUCGGACCACUAGUUUUCAAUCACAUUCUCUCCCAGCUUUUUUCUAGCAUUUCCGCCGGUAAAUCGCAGUCUCGAGGAAUUUUAUUGGUCGCUUUUUAUCGGCCCCCGUCAUUCUAUGCUGAAUUGCUCAAAUGUAGAUGCAGUGACGGCGAUUCUUCAAAUAAAUGGCUUAGCGUUUUGGAUUGCUACACUGAUCCUUUGGGUUGGAAAUCUAGACUCAAGGAGCUUGGGACUGUUACUAAUAGUACCCCUGUAGAGACUUAUGUUAAGAGUACUCUAUUCACCCAUGUUAAGGACUCCAAUAAGCUAUUGACCUCAAUAGUUGAACUUGGAAAAGAAAUGGUUGGAGAAGGAAAAGGAAGAUUCACAGUUGCUAUAGAUUCGGUAAGUGAGAUGUUGAGACACUCAUCCAUCCAUUCUGUCGCUAGAAUUUUAAGCCACCUCCGCUGUCAUGGACGGCGGGAGUAAUAGAUAUCAUCCGCAUGUGCUCCAAUCAAUAUUUCUGAGGUGUUUCUUAUGACCAGGUUUCAAGUGUGUUUUCCUUAUUGAAUUCGGACCUUCAUGAGACCAAAGUCACUUCUACACUUGGAUAUUUGUCUACCAUACGUGCUGAUAUAGUACCAGUGACGUCUCAGACAGUAAGUGGUCGAAGGGCUACUACCACAGAGAACCUACCAAUGAUGGAACAAAACUUUAAAAGAGGGAAGUUUCAAGUACGCUUCAAGCGAAGGAAUGGGCGUGUUAGAGUCAUGCGUGAAGAUAUACAGGUUGUGGAUACUGGUGUUAAAUUCACCCAUUGUAAUUUGGAAGAUGGCGAUCUAACUGCUCAAAGCCUUGUGCCCAAGGUGCAAUUUAAUCUCCUGCUAUCAGAAAAGGAACGCCUUGAUCGUGAGAAGGUUGUGCUCCCAUUUGAACACCAGGGGAAUGGUAAGCCCAUUGAAAUCUAUGAUGGCCGAAAAAUUCUUAAUGGCACGGAGAAAAACAGAAAUAUUUCUGAUAAGAUGCUUCAAACAACUGAGGAUUCUGGCAGGGGUGAAAUAAUCUAUUAUCGAGAUUCAGAUGAUGAAAUGCCAGAUUCUGAUGAAGAUCCCGAUGAUGAUUUGGACAUAUGAUUUUCUUGUCUGUGUUUUCCCCUUGUUUUUGCAUUUUGAGUGAUUAAAGUCAAAUUAAGUCAUGCAGAGAUGGCCGAGCCGACCAUUGUACCAAUGGCCAAUGCCAUGAGCCCAUGAACAUAUCAAAGUGGUCGAUACUGUUUCAGAUUGUAUCCAAUGUUCUAAAAGGCGCUAGGCGCUAGUCGGGCGCCAGCCCAACGCCUAGUGCCUAGGCGGCUAGGCGGGCGCCUAGUCGGGGACUAGUCGGAAACAUAGAAAUUGCAUUUUUAUCUAUAUUUUUGCAUAAAUAUGAUAAGUAAUUUUGUAUUUUUGUGUGUAUAAAAUACAUAUAUACAUAUACAUUAACAAACAUGAAU